UAAAUAGCGUCAUUGCCUGAAAUUUUCCCUAUCACAUCUCACAUCUUAAUUCCUCUUCUGACCAAGAUCCAAAGAAAGUUACAAAGCCCAUAUGAUGGUGGCCUCCCCUGUGAAGGUGGCCGUCGUCGCCGCCGUGUGCGUCGUGCUGGUCGUGCUGUCUUCUUCCCCGGCGCCGGCGGCGGCGCAGAUGAUCUGCAGCAAGUGUGACCAGUACUGCAACUCGUCGUGCGCCGGUGGGAUGGGUGGCUGCAGCGGCGCCUGCACUGACCCAGCGUCCUCCUCAUGCACGAGCUGCAAGCAGGCCUACUACUACAAGUGCAUGAACUACUGCGGCUCCUACUGCCGCUCCAACUGCGUCAACAGCUGAACCAAAUAUUAUAUGCGAAUUCUCCCCCUGAAUUAGAAGCUUGUUGCUAUGGCUCCAUGUAGAUAAAUAAGCGAAUGCUAGCUGCAUGCGCGCUUGUGCUUGCAUAUGGUGGAUGUAUGCCCCUACUAUGUACAACUUCAUAUAUAUAUGUGAAAGUUGCAUGUGUCUUCUGUCGAAAAAUGUUCCGUCGUUUCUUGUACGUAACUCGGUCAAUCAGUUAUGAAAGAUCGAAUGUAAUAAAAUUUAACAGAAUAGAUUAUGAUC